ACUAAUACACAUGUCAUAUACAUUUAUGCACUGAUAUACGUGCACAUAUGUUAUACAUUGAGAAAAAACAUGUCUAAGUGUACUGUGUUUGAAUGACAUAUCUUUAAAUUUUGAAAAUAUUAAUGAAUCUCAAAUAGUGUCGGAUCUUCAAAGGUUAUCAGCAGGUGCUUCCCUACCCGAAGAUAAGAAGCCUCUAGUGAGCAGCAAAGAUGCCUAACAGAAGUGUUGCCUUCAGUGGCAAGAAAAAGAAAAAGCAGCUGCAAGCAAAGCGGGAUAAGAAACAAUCAGAACACGGUGAAGGUCGUGGGUUUCCAAGAUCACAUUUCAACAAAGCCCCAGUGAUCUCAGAGGCUAUCUUGGCCAAGGUUCAAGAGGGCAUUGACAAUCCUACGUCAGGGAGUGCUAAUUAUCUCCAGGAUAUUCUAGCAAUUAACCAGCAACCGGGAGGAACAGGGAAUGUGAACAGAUAUAAUCUGAAAUUCCGAAGGGAAACUCCAGAUGAAAUUGAAAAGCGCAAAGCACUUCACUAUGCUCCCAUAAAACUUUUGGGGGAAGAUGAGUUGGAGCUUGAGACGGAAUUCUUCUUCCCUCCUGGUCUUGACUAUCCUAUGAGACCAGAAUGGAAAAAGAACAUGUCAAAGCAGGAGCUUGACCGAAGUGAAAACAAACACUUCAGGCUCUUUUGUGAGAAACUGGAUAAAGAUUUUGCAGAUAAAGACCUCAGUCUGUAUGAACUAAAUCUAGAAACAUGGCGGCAGCUUUGGAGAGUGACUGAAAUGUCUGACAUUUUACUAAUUAUUGUUGAUGCCAGGUUCCCAGUUUCGCAGUUUCCCCCCUAUCUGUACUACCGGCUUGUAGAAGAGGCAAACAAGAGCAUCAUCCUUGUCCUUAACAAGUGUGACCUUGUACCACCUUCAGUCAUGGUGGCUUGGGAGCGUUACUUUCACAAUAAAUUUCCCAAACUCUUAGUAGUCCCCUUCUCAUCCAUGGAAGGUUAUGGACAUCGCCGAGGAAUGCUUAGAAUGGCUGCAGAAGGCUCCUUGAGGCUGGUUGAUGCAUGCGAGAAGUUGAUUGAUGGCUCAGUUGAUCUGACCUCCUGGAAAGAGAAAAUAGAAGAGGAACGAAAUAUCGAUAAUGAGAUAAAUCAGGAAUGUGAAGCAGAGGAAGUCUCAGACAUAGUGGUCAACACCAGACCAGAACACCACGAGCGCUACAAGGAUGGGGUCCUUACCAUUGGUACCAUUGGUUAUCCAAAUGUCGGCAAGUCCUCACUCAUUAAUGCCCUGAUGGGGAAGAAGGUUGUUAGUGUCAGUAGAACCCCAGGCCACACAAAACACUUCCAGACAAUCUUCCUAACCAAAAAUGUGAAAUUAUGUGAUUGCCCUGGCCUUGUGUUCCCCUCAACUGUAUCAAUGCAUUUGCAGGUUCUUUUUGGGAGCUUCCCCAUAGCCCAGGUGCGUGACCCAAUUGGAGCAGUUAACUAUGUAGCGACCAGGCUAGAUAUUCCAGGCAUAUUGAAGCUUCAGCAUCCAGAGGUACAGAAUGAAACUGCUUCUGAUCCCAGUUGGACGGCUUUCUAUGUAUGCGAAGCCUGGGCUAUGAAACGUGGGUAUCACACACGCCGAAAGGGGGCUCCAGAUGUAUCCAGAUCAGCAAAUGAACUCCUUCGACUGUGUCUGAAUGGCCACAAAUCACUAGUAUUAUUCAUUAGACCUCCAGGCUACACUCAGAGCAAAGGUGAUUAUGAGAAGGACCCUCGAGCAGAAGAGAUACGUCAGAUUCAAGGAGUUCAUGCAGCAAUUCAUGAGCCAUCGGUAGAAGAGCCAAUAUUUGAAGAGGAUGAAAGAGAAGGAGAUGACUUGAAGGAAAGUGGAGAGGAAUCCGAAGAGGAUGCAGAAGACUCAGAAAAGGAAGGAGAUGGUGAUGAUGAUGACGAUGAUGAUGAUGAUGAUGAGGAAGAGGAGGAGGAUGAGGGAUGUUCCACUUUUGUGUCUAAUAAGUUUUCUUUAUUAGACAGCUGUGACUGAGGAUAGAAAAUACAUGUAAUGGGCCCAGCCGCCUGGGCUCAUGUCAUCACCCUAGCAUGUGUGACCGCUCAUGCCCAAUACCAGCAUUCCUUGCCUUCGCCUCAUGAUAUUAAGAAACUCAUGUAUUACUAUUUUCUGAAGUCUGUAUUUGCCAUGUUUUCUGAUAAGUCAAGACUGUAGGGUAUUUUUGUUGUUGACUCCAUAAUUAAUCUUGAUUUGCUCUAGUCUGAAUAAAAUAAAAAAUGGUAUCAUGGAGUUAAAACCGUAGAAUUUUACUGUAUUUUCUUUUCCAUUUUUUCAUGUUGUCUUAUAAGAUAAACUUUAGUUUCAACAGUAGGUUUAUAUUAUCACUUAUUGAGUACCAUAUGGAUGUAAUAAUCUGUGUAGAAUUUGUUUUUAUAUAUGUGAUUUUAUUUAUUUUUUUCUUUUAAAUUUAUUUACUUAUUAUCAUUAUAUUUUUUACCUUGGGAGCCCUAGAAGCCCUUAUGUAAUGCAUAGUAUAGGAAAAAUUAGGAAAAGUGUAAAACUACUUAAACACAUUUUCAGUGGCCAAAAAAUAAUAUCUUGCCAUAGUUGUAACAAAAAAAAAAAAACUUAUGGCAUAACAAUACAUGCUCCCAGAAAACAGACUUGACGGACCAUGGUAUGUAUGCACAUGCCACCCAGAAUGUAGGCCAGGCUUGCCAUGGCCAACAUAUAUAUGCCACCUGGUGGCAAGGGGUUAAAUAAAGGAGAGAAAUUUA